AUGUUCCAGAGGCGAACAGCCAACACUAAAGACUGCUGGGGAUACCGAUUCGAAUGGACGCCUGAACAUCUUACACCGGAGCAAAUGAAGCCUAUGAAGUUUUCGUACGAUGUACUAGCAGAGGAAUGUCUGGAUCGUUUGAACGCCAUCUCGCCACCGCACAAGGGUGCUCUGCCAAGGAACGAUAGCAACCGCGCCGCGCUAUCAUCAGUUCCGGGCACCGAAGAAGAGAAAAAAGAGCCAUUGCCAGUACCCAAGAGGGAUCUCUACGCGUUGCUGGAAGAGAAUCACAACUCCGAUCCUAAGCUUGCCGAACUGUGGCGCGAGGUGCACACCGUACCGGACUGGGUGGAUUGGGAACAGAUCGCAAGAGGACAGGAUGUGUUCUAUCGCUAUGGCGGACCCGCCUUGACUGGUCUCACUUUUCAAUCACUCUUGGGUGGCAUGGGCGCUGCGCGAGUGGUUGAGACAUUAGCCAGAACAGGAGGCUUCAGCACAAAGGUAGCAAGAGGCAGACUGUUUGAAACUACACAGCACAUCCUCCAAUGCACACGGACACUGGAUGGACUCAAACCAGGUGGAGAGGGUUUCGCCUCAUCGAUCCGUGUCCGCUUCCUACACGCCGCGGUCCGGCAGCGCAUUAUGAAACUCGCAAAAGAACGCCCAAGCUACUUCAACGUGGAAGAAUGGGGAAUACCAAUCAACGACCUCGACCAAAUCGCAACAAUCGGAACCUUCUCUUCAACUCUGAUCUACCUCAGCUUCCCCCGCCAAGGCAUCUUCCUCCGCAAACAAGAAAUCGACGACUACCUAGCCCUAUGGCGCUACAUCGGCUACCUAAUGGGCACACCCGACGAAUGGCUAUCCACCCCAACAAAAGCCAAAGCCAUCAUGGAAUCGCUCCUCUACCACGAGGUCGACCCCUCGGAAAUGUCCAAAACGAUGGCCAACAACAUCAUUUAUGCGCUCAAAGAAGAGCCCCCAACUUUCUCGUCCGCAGAUAUGCUAACCGCCAGCGCCCGCUGGCUAAAUGGCAACGCACUCUGCGACCGCCUCGGCCUAAAACGCGUUUCCGCAUACUACUGGUCCCUCAUGGCAGGCCAAUGUCUCUUCUUCAUCUUCUACUGCUACACAUACAGCCUGUUUCCCAAUGCAGAUCGCAGGAGGAUCGACCGCGCGAAAGAAAUCUUCUGGACGCUGAUAGUGAAGGCGAAGUGGGGGUUGGCGGGGACGGAAACGUCGUUUGACUUCAAGUACGUGCCGCAGUAUGAUACGUUAACGCAUCUGGGUAAUAUCGGAGAGAGAAAGAAGGUGGCGUUGAGCAAUGAGAUGAGGAAUUUGAAGGCGUUGGGGAUUGGAGUGGGGGUUUUGGCGGUGGGCACGUUGGUUGCGGUUAAGAUUGCGUGUCCCCGAAACCCAGAACAAGACGGUGUAUGCGGCUGCCCUUCAUUCUGGAGGUACCUGAAAGCCAGUGCCGCGCCCAACAACAAGACCAUGUCUUCCCCACCUACCAAGUCUUCGUCCCCAAUUCUUGUCAUCAUUGAGAGUGAACGUGACGAAGACAAAGACUUGCAUCACCGGAAGCGACAGAAACGCGAAGACAGUGUAAUCACACAGACUGGUGUGAUUGGCCUCUCAGCAUCAGAGUCUCAGGCGUACAUGGCCAGCAAGUAUGUGGCCGGAGAGUCCGAUAGGAAGAUACAACAUGUUAUGGAGGCGGCGCGGCGCGCGCAGAAGAGUCGCCGGGCGGAGAAGGAAAAAGCGAAACCAAUCAGACCGGUGCAGAUUCUGGUCGACUAUAGCUUACCUACUGGUCCUGAGAGGCUGGAUUGGGACACGGACGAAGUUCGUCGGAUGGUCGGGGAGAUUGCUUGA